UCAAUUUGCACGAUGGCUGCUCAAGAUGAACUUGAGCUGCUGGAGAGGGUGUUUCUUCGAGUAGGUUCAGCGGAGACUGAUGAGCAAUUGCAGAAUGUAACAUCACGAUUUUUACCUCCUGUGCUUCUCAAACUAUGUAGCAACCAGGAAGGAGUUCGAAAAAAGGUGUUGGAGCUAUUGGUCCAUAUUAAUAAGAGGCUUAAGAGUCGACCCAAGGUGCAGAUCCCUGUGGACGUUCUACUCCUGCAGUACCAAGACCCUGCCAAUGUCACGUUUGUUACAAACUUCACCAUACUGUACCUGAAAAUGGGCUACCCUAGGCUUUCAUUGGAGAAACAGGCCGAGUUGGCACCCUCUCUUAUUCAAUGCAUAGAAGGCAAACCGAUAUUGCAGCAAGAAUGUCUGCUGCAGAUGCUGAUCCCGACCCUGCCGCAUCUGAAACUCCCGAAGGACCCAGUUCAGAGAAAAGUGGUUUUUGGUCUAAGCGAGAAGCCUAUCACAGUACAAAUGCUACUGGAUUUCAUGCUGGACUACCUACUCUUACCAUACACGUUCAGUACAUCCAAGGCUGAGGAACGCCCCACUACUGCCACUGGAGGGCAGCAGACUGCCUCAUCAUCAUCGUCAAGACCUACAACUGCACCUGCAGGUGGGGCUGGUGCUGCUGCAGCCACAGCUUCGGGUUGGACAACACCACCGGGUUUGAGUGCCACUGCACUGAAAAGGGUAUUGGGAGAAGGGGUUCUGGAAGCAAGCACGAUUGAAGAGUGCAAAGUGGGUAUUGUUAACUUCCUUGCUGCUGAUGUGUUGUCUGAAGAAGACGUUGUGUGUCAUCUCAUCGUGGCCUGCUCAGAUACCAGAUACAGUGUUGCCACGGCUGCGGACAUUGAGCUCAGGAAGAUGCAAGGUGUUGUCAAUUGGAAUAAUAUAGCCAUCGUCAAUAAACUCUACAGCUUAUUCAAGGGAACUGUGGUGAUUAAAGGCCAGCCUGCCAUCAAGCAAGACGACCGUCGUCUACCGGUUAGCACCAGAGUUCGUCUCAAGAUCUUCCCAUUCUUCCUCAAGUCUAGGGAAGCAGCAGAGCAGUUUCCAGCUUGUAUCCAGGUUAUCUUUGACUGUCUCUACGGCAAUAACACCAAUGCUAAGCUGAAGACGUUUGCCGUUCAGUUCGUUCAUCAUCUCUGUGAUACGUGCAGCACAUCACGCAUGCAGCCUAUGGGCCCUAUUCUACUCUCCGGUAUGGGGAAACUCAUCUCCGAAGCUAAAGAUAGCGCCCAGUUACGAGGUCUGGCUUACGUUGCGGUUGGAAAAUUAUCAAGACGUCUACCACAGCUGUCAAACAAGUUUGACAUGGCACUUUUGCAACAGUUCUUUGACGCCUUGUCUACUGAAGAUGCGAAUAUUCGAAUGCAUGUGCAGGAGUCUCUCUCUAUGAUGGCGCAGGCAUUCAGGAACCUGGAAGGACCAAAUGUACAAAUCAUGCAGAGCCUCAUCAUGAGUAACAUUGAGAAGUCUGAACCCCAGGCUCGUCUUGUAGCUGUUCAGUAUGCGAGUAUAGUGUUUCCUGGCAACCACAUAGCAUCACGCUAUGCAUUGCUGCUAGCUUCUGGAGAUGAGAAGGAAGAUAUUCAGAACGAGGCAGUGAAAGGGCUGAGAAUACCUAGUGAGGAGUCUCUGAGGGAACAGUCAGAUGAUGCUAGUGAGGAACCUAUGAGUGGAGCUAGUAACAGUAAGGCACUAGUUCCUGCUUUCCCUGAGAUGGUACUCUACAUCAGUGAAAUGGCAUCCAAGAGAGUGAAAAGUUCCUCGCGUUAUGUAUCAGGGAACACCCACAUGCCCUUCAAGCCAUCUACGUUCAAUCAGGUGAUAUUGUACCUACGAUCUUGUUUGCUUUAUGAUGCCGGUAUACACGUCAAUCCAGAGGCACUCUUUGACCUCGGCCCCAAGGCGCCAAUGGCUAGUCGCCAUGUCAACCAGCUACUGAACCAAUCAGGAAUGAGCAUUGCGAGUCCAUUAUUGGUCUACAUCCGUCUCAUACAGGAGCUUCUUAACACGGUGGCAUCAUGUGAUGUCAUGAAAUGUCUCCUGGAAGUUGUUGCCAUAGCGACAGGAAGACUUGCCAAACAGUUUGAGGAUAAACUCACGUGGAUCAAGAACUUUGUGAAUGGUAACCGUGAGGAUCUUCGAACCAGUGCUGCCCAGCUGUAUGGUAUCGUGUGCGACGCUUGCAGUACAGAGACGCUGAUUGAAAACAUCAAGGAAUGCUCAAAAAUAGUCAAAGAUCAGUCCCAGGUCCAGUCGUUUGAAUACAAGCACGGCUGCUUGCUCGGAUUGGGAUUCAUCGUUGGUCGAUACUUGUCACGUGACAAGAGACAAGACGAAGCAAUGAUCACGGGCAGAGUAUCAGGGAAGAGCAAGGAUAAAGCAGUCGUACAACUCCACAUUGCCAUCGAAGAGGCUGUCAAAAUCAUUGCUUCCUCUUUAGAUAACACCAACCCUCUACUCAGCACUGCGGCUUGCAUUGCCAUCGGUGAGAUCACUCGCAAUGGUGCUCUCCCUCUUCCUGACGGUGAUACGGUCCAGCAGAGUGCUGCUGCGAAUGGGAUGGAUGAUACCAAAGAGGACAAGAAAGGGAAGUCUGCAAGCAAGGAUGGGCCAUUCACAAAGAGACUGGUCGUCCAAAAACUUGUGGAGAAGCUUCAGUCUUCCAAAGUGGCCACAAAAGUAAAAGAGCAAGCUGCUUCGUGUCUAGGUCAUCUUCCCAUUGGUGAGAGGGACUUCCCAUUCACCCAAGACGUCUUAGAAGGACUUCUUAAAUCAGCCAGUAUCAAAGAAGUAGAGCUUCACUUCAGUGUGGGUAACGCUCUCAGCCACGCUGCCCUAGGCCCGGCUUCCCCAGUGAGUCGAGACAUCUGGACUCAAGAGCAGAACAAUGGUACAGAGGCUGUGCAAUCUCCUGAGGGGGCAUCAGGAGAGAGACGUGAUUGGCUGGAGUGGUUACUGACCAGGAUCCUCCAGGAGGAAGUGACCAAUCAGAACCCCCACAGAAGACAGGCUGUUUGCAUCUGGCUGCUGUCUAUCGUCCAGCAAUGCGGCAGUUCGCUGGCGACACAGAAGAGGAUGCAGGACAUUCAGCAGGCGUUUGUCAACUUUCUGUCUGAACGAGAAGAACUGACUCAAGACGUUGCGUCUAAAGGUCUGAGCCUUGUAUAUGAGCAGAGUACACCAGAUCGGAGGACAGCGCUUGUAUCCGUCUUGGUAGAGGCACUCAUGACAGGAAAAAGAGCUAAACAGACAGUUACUGAAGACACAAAGCUGUUUUCUGAUGGAUCAUUAGGGAGCAAUCCAUCAGGUGGGAGUCUUUCGACAUACAAGGAGCUGUGCUCAUUGGCCAGUGAUCUCAACCAACCAGAUCUCAUCUAUAAAUUUAUGCAUUUAGCCAAUCACAACGCAAUGUGGAAUUCACGAAAGGGUGCUGCAUUUGGUUUCAGCUCAAUCGCUGCUCAUGCAGGGGACCAGUUAGCUCCCUAUUUACCUAAACUGGUACCCAGGCUCUAUAGGUAUCAGUACGAUCCGAGUGGUCCCGUUCGCCAAGCCAUGUCCAGCAUCUGGAGCGCACUAGUCAAAGACAAUAAGAAUGUGGUGGAUACGUAUCUGAAGGAGAUUGUGGAGGAUCUGUUGCAUCAUCUUACCCAUCAUGCCUGGAGGAAUAGAGAAUCAAGUUGUUUGGCGUUGAGUGAUUUACUACGCGGAAGGAAUGUUGACGGUAUCGUGGAUUUCAUGCCAGCAUUAUGGGAGAGUUGUCUCAAAGUAUUGGAUGAUAUCAAGGAAUCUGUUCGGAAGUCGGCAGAGGCUGCCUGUAGAUCACUCAGUAAGGUGUGCAUUAAGAUGUGUGAUCUACAAUACGGUAAGGUGGGAGAGCAAGCCUUGGCAUUGGUCUUACCGUGUUUACUGGAGCAUGGACUCCCAAGCAGGGUGGAGGAGGUUCGAAACAUUAGCCUGUAUACCUUGGUCCAAAUCAGCAAGAAGGCCGGCAGCAGGUUAAAACCCCAUAUGGCAGUACUGGUAACUGCACAGUUGGAGUCACUCAGCGGUCUGGAACACCAGGCUAUGAACUACAUGAGCCUACACGUCGGUCAGAACCAAGACAGUCAAGAAAAGUUGGAUAAUGCUCGGAUAGCUGUGAGUAAGAGUUCUCCAAUGAUGGAAAUGAUCAACAUGUGUGCGCAGUAUGUAGACUCUGAAGUCUUGGUGGAGUUGGUGCCCAGAGUGUGUGAUCUCAUCCGCAGUGGAAUCGGCAUGGGAACUAAGGCUGGUUGCGCUAACUUUCUUAUUCUUCUGAGUCAUCAAUGCCCUCUGGAUCUGGCACCCUUUGCAGGAAAGCUUCUUAGUGCACUUUUGACGGGUCUAAAUGAUAAGAGCUUGGCGGUCAGGAAAACAAACGCAGCAGCAAUCGGUCAUCUAAUUAAGGUUGCCAAAGACAGCAGUGUGGAGAAACUGAUAACAAAGUUGAAGAAUUGGUACACAGAAAAAGACGAUGAAGCGUUACACACGGCUUGUGGGUUGACGUUACAAGCUAUGUCCAGGCACAGUUCAGAUGCUUUUAAGAGACACAAUGCCCUCGCCAUGCCGUUGGUGUUCCUUGCGAUGCACGCCACGAAGGAAAAAGUGAGUGGACGAAAUGAGGAGAAAGAUUGUGUAUGGGAAGAGGUCUGGCUAGACUCCACUCCAGGGACUGAGGGUGGAAUCAAGUUAUACUUAGCGGAGAUCGUCACUCAGACCAAGGAAGCAUUGGGAUCCCAAUCCUGGCCUCGCAAAGCCCAGGCAGCCAGAGCAAUGAGCACCGUGGCUAAGAAGCUCGGCUCCAGGCUCCAACCGCCUCAUCUUGGCCGGUUACUGGCGGCCCUGGUCGCUGGACUCUCUGGCAGGACGUGGAAUGGAAAAGAUGAGCUGUUAAGAUCUAUUUCAACGGUCUGCACAUCAUGCAGGAAUGCUCUUGAGAGUCCCGAUGAUGCCUACCCGGAGCAGCCCACCAUUGAGACGGUUCUCACGGCAGUCUUCAGAGAGAGCAAGAAGGAGCGGAUUGAUUAUAAGAUCGUUGCUCUUCAAUGUCUCUCCUCCAUCUUACAGGCUCAUAACAUUGAUCGAUUCAAAGAUGUCACUGACAUCCUCUUCCCACUCUUAUCAAAGGAGAAGAAGGAUGACUCUGAUUCUGACGAUGAGAAUGAUCGAGAGAGACAAGACGCAAAACUCAAACUUCAGGAAUGUGCAUAUGAGAGUCUGGGUAAAGCGUGGCUGCGUGAACGACUAACCCAAGAUCUUUACCACCAAGAGUUCUGCCGUUACCUGUCGGAUGGAUUGCAGAACAGCACCUUUAAAGUCCAAGUAACCAUCCUCAAAUCUCUAGGUCUAUUCUUGGACAGGUUGAUGUUCCUAGUUCCUGAUAUCUCAGAUAUCGACUGCAAGUUUGUGUCCAGUAUCCUUCUAAGAAUCAUCCCCGAUCUAUGCAAAUGUUUAGGUAUCGUCAAGUACAUAGCAAUAAGAAGAGAAGCUUUAAAUAUACUGGAAAAACUUGUCACUAAACUAAAAGAAAUUAACCAAUUUGUUUUACUGAAUGAAGAGAUGUUAGAGACUCUACACGAUGCUCUGAUUGGAAUGUCGACAGACACUGAUCUAAGUCUAAAGGACCGAUCCAGACAACUCAGGAAACGCCUUGAGCAAUACUCCCAAGAAGAUGAAGAAGAGAACAGCAUGUCUUAAAGUGCUGUUAGUCGUUGGGUUUCA